AAAGCCAAGAAAGCAAAAUAUUUUGUCGUCUGCUUAGCAGAUGAGAAUACAUUGAAGACCUUUUAGUCAUACUGCCUUAAUUUGUGGAUUGUAAAGACAAGGAAUGUUGUGGCGAAUAUUUGCAUCCGUCACCUUUGGAAAGCUCCUCUUCAUACCAUCUUACCGGUCAACUGAUUUUGAAGUCCAUCGCAACUGGUUGGCGGUUACCCAUAGCCUACCUCUAAGUAAGUGGUACAUCGACGAUACUUCGCAAUGGACUCUAGACUACCCUCCAUUAUUUGCUUGGUUCGAAUACAUCCUUUCUUGGGGUGCUCUACUGUUCGACCCCGAAAUGUUGAAAGUUGACAACUUAAAUUAUGCCUCUCGAAAUACCAUUCUUUUUCAGAGAAUCUCAGUCAUACUGACUGAUGUUGUGUAUGCAUUGGGUGUGCAAAAAUGCUUGUACACAUUUGGCAAUAACCAGGGAGGAAAAGUACAGAAAGAUGCUGAGAAAUGGUUUAGUUCUUCAACCAUUCUGGCUUUUUUAUUACUGUGCAAUGUAGGUCUUUUCAUGGUGGAUCACAUCCACUUCCAGUAUAAUGGAUUUCUCACUGGAAUUUUACUACUUUCAGUUGGUUCUAUACUUCAGAAAGAAAAUCUUAAGGCAGCCUUUUGGUUCUCUAUUCUUCUUAAUUUGAAGCAUAUAUAUCUUUAUAUUGCCCCAGUUUAUGCCGUCUACCUGCUGCGUAGCUAUUGCUUUGAUAUUCAAAAGUCAAAGAUGACAUUUCAUUUGAAAAGGCUUAUUAAAUUGGGUGUCAUAGUUGUUACGACAUUUGGUUUCACAUAUUUUCCAUUUGUUAAUCAACUUCAGCAGGUCCUAUCCAGGCUGUUCCCGUUUGAAAAUCGCGGCCUCUGUCAUGCGUAUUGGGCACCUAAUUUCUGGGCAAUUUACAACGUAGUGGACAAAAUCCUGGCUUUUCUUGGACAUAAACUUGGCUGGAUCGAUCCACUUUCAAAAGUGACUGCCUCAAUGACGGGAGGUUUGGUUCAAGAAUUUGAGCACGCCAUACUCCCAUCUAUUGGACCUAAGACCACUCUGGUUUUCACCUUACUGGCGUUAUUGCCAGCGGUCAUUAUCCUGUUCAAGCAACCUAAUCAACCGCGUGCAUUUAUCCGAGCGAUUGUUUUGUGUGCCUUUGCGUCGUUUCUCUUCGGCUGGCAUGUGCAUGAAAAGGCCAUCCUAAUAGUCAUCACUCCUUUGACAUUACUGGCUGCCUCCUCUCACGAAGAUUGCCGGCUCUUCAUGUUGCUGAGCAUAACGGGUCACGUAUCUCUAUUUCCCUUGCUUUUCACGCCGUUCGAAAAUGUUCUCAAGGUAGUGGUGGUACUUACCUACUCACUCGCUAGCUACUCCUUCUUGUCAGCACUACAUGAUGAUCCAAAAUCGAAAGGCACAUUGUUGAAGUUCCGAUCAUGGGAGCGUUUUUUCCUCUAUGGCUUGGUGGCCGUCGCGCUGUUUGAAAGCUGCAUUCACUCGAUGGUCGAUCCUUCCGGUCGAUUGCCGUUUCUGCCAUUGAUGAUUAUGUCUGUCUAUUGCGCUAUUGGAAUUAUUUACGUUUGGUUUUUCUUUGUCAUUGGAUCUCUGAAAACAGAGAAAAAGAUCUCAAAACAGAAGUAAGCACAUAUCUUUACAAACAGAGGUGAAUAUUUUAAAUAAAUUCCUUGGCAACUGUU